AUGCGAAGCUCGCCGCCGCCUCUGCGGCUGCUGCUAGCCACCCUACCUUUGAGCACGGCCGCCUCUAGAGCCGCGGGCGCCACCCUCGGGAUUGCGGCCUCUGCGCCUCCGGCGUCGGCGGCGCUCACAAAAGAGUCGGAAUGGCCUCUGUGGCUUGCGCUGCCCGUGGCGCCGUACUCGCGGCGCAAGACCAUCCGGAGAGAGGUCGUGCCAGGCGUGUGGGCCUUCGACCAGCUGAUAGGCAUCUAUUACGUGCACGUCCCGAUUCGCAUGACGGAGUGCCUCUCGCUGCUCCAGCCUCUGAUCGACGCGCACGGUCCGGUCAAGACGAUCAUUCUGCCUUCGGUCGCCGUCGAGCACAAGGUGAACGCCGGCCCGUUUGCGCGCGCCUUCCCCGCCGCAGACUUUUACGCCGUCGACCAGCAAUACUCCUUCCCGCUGCCGCUGCCGGCCGUGUUCCUGGGGUUGCCGUCAUGGACCAAGCCGCUGCCACGCAGCAGCGAGGGCCUCGACGCGACGUGGCUGGGCGGAGAGUUUGAGCACGCGGACGUCGCGCUCUACCACAGGCCGUCCAAGACGCUCCUGCUCUGCGAUGCGGUGCUCUCGGUGACGGAGGAGCCGCCUCCCAUCCUGACGAGCGACCCCGAGUACGCGCGCGACGACCCGCUCGAGCUCGUCGCCGACACCGCCGCCAACCGGCGCAAAGGGUGGAGGCGGAUCGUGCUGCUGUUCAACUUCUUCAUCCCCGGGGCAACCCAGGCGUCCUUUGCGCGGUACAGCGCCAACGGGAGGCCCACGCUGCUGCCCAUCAUCCAGAUCAUCCUCAAUCGCACCGUCCAGCGCUGGGACUUUGAGAGGGUGGUGCCGGCCCACCUCGACGCGCCGAUUGCGAUGGGGCCGGCGCAGUUCGCCGAGCCGUUCGACUUCGCGCGAGAUGGUGGCAACGAGGUGCGCUUCUGCGACGAGGACGUCGCACUGCUGCGCGAGGCGGAGAAGGGGCCGCUCUCCUUUUCGGUGGGAACGACCGCGCUCGGACCGCUGACCGGCGCAGAGUGCGCCCUCGGCAACAGCAACCCACGCAUUGUCUCGGCGCCGGGGUGGACGCCGCUCACGGGGGGGCUAAAGUGGACGCCCAAAUGA